AGCUACAGCGAAGAGAUUGGAAAAAAAACAUUAGGCAUGCCUGAGCCGGCCAAGUCUGCUCCAGCACCUAAAAAGGGCUCUAAGAAGGCUGUCACCAAAACGCAGAAGAAGGGUGACAAGAAACGCAAGAGAGCAAGGAAGGAGAGUUACUCCAUCUACGUGUACAAGGUGCUGAAGCAGGUGCACCCCGACACGGGCAUCUCCUCCAAAGCCAUGAGUAUCAUGAACUCCUUCGUCAACGACAUCUUCGAGCGCAUCGCCGGCGAGGCGUCUCGCCUGGCGCACUACAACAAGCGCUCCACCAUCACGUCGCGGGAGAUCCAGACGGCCGUGCGGCUGCUGCUGCCCGGCGAGCUGGCCAAGCACGCCGUCUCCGAGGGCACCAAGGCUGUCACCAAGUACACCAGCUCCAAGUAGAAGGAUUUUAAAUUAACCCAAACGGCUCUUUUAAGAGCCACCACACCCUCCUAAAGAGCUGUAAUUGCUAAUACAAUACGGGAUUUUUUUCUUAUGAAUCACCUCAGUUAUGCAAG